AUGGAAGCGUUGUUUGUUUCAGUUAUACCAGCCUUUGUGACUUCCGUUACAGUGUUAUCAAACGGAAAUAGUCCAGAAACUAAAACAAGACAUAUGCUUAUAGAAUCAAACAAGUUCAACCCCAUAACACCAAGACCAGAAGGCGUCAUCAAAUACAAAACUAAUAAGGUCAUCAAAAGUAACUCAACCAAAAUAGGAAUAAAUGAAAGGUAUCGAAGGUUAAUACCGUACAUGACAUUCUAUUAUGCAAACGAUAUAGCAACUCCGUCCACUGUGCCACAACAGGAUCAAGGAAAGUCAGUUGAAGUCGAUAAGGCAGAAAUUAUCGAAACUGGCAACAUCAAUCCUAAUCAGAGAGAAGAACGAGUAAUUAAUUCCUUUCUAAGACAUAAAAAUAUACCUAGGUAUCAAGGAAAUCGAUUAACGCAACACAAUAUCGCAUCAGCUUAUCCAGGCAAAUUGUACUUAAAAGAGGUCCCUACAUUUUACCAACCAUCAAAUAAGUACACUCCAAAUUAUAAUCCUCUUUUAGUUGACCACGAUUUCCACGAAGACAGAGAGCGUGAGUAUGAAAAAUUCAUCGCCAAACCUAUCAAAGCCCCAAGUUCACCAUUCACACAACAAACAAGAAAACCCUUUUUAAAUUUUUACCAAAAUGAUGAUGCUAAUGUACAAUAUUAUCUAUCAGAAAAGGAGGUUGCACCAAAAUAUAAACUGAUUCCCUACGAGCAGUCACCUCCAAUCAAAACUUUCACACAAUAUGAGAACGUAGAGCCAGUCAACCAUUACAACGUUCAACAUGCUCCAAAAGAACCUAUUUAUAUUAAACCCAGGCCGAAGCCAACACCGCCACAAUUUAUUUACAUAAACGACAAUGAACAAUAUCGGCCGAAGAGACCACCAACAACAAUAUCUGAAAUGUACUAUGAAAAACAAACUCCUGUAGCACCACUGGCAGAACCUAUUAUUGAAAGUGGAUUUCAGCCAAUCAUAGCAUCUAGGCCGCUAUCAACCGAAAGACCACAAUACACUCAAGUAUAUCAUCAACAGCCACCAAAAUUGGAAAGGCCACCAGAAGAUGUUGUAAUUAGAAAGCCGAGUUAUCAAUAUAUUUUAGAAGAAUCGUCUUAUAUAUCAAAACCAACGCACAACGAAAAUACAAAAACAGCAAGUUUAGCCGACCUUCUGAAUUCAUUACAGAUUAAUAAAUCUAUACCCAAACCCAUAACAAAGGAUAAUGUCAGUGCAUCAAUUACAACGUUACUUCAAGUUUUGAAUACUUUAAGAGCGCAACAGAAUGAAAUCGAACCACCUGUUUUAAGCACACCAAAAGCUUUCGAAGCUCCACAAUUAGUCCAUACUACCCCAACACCUGUUUCACACGCUGCAGUGGAACAACCCCCUCAAAGCGUCGAUUUUGAAGAACCAUAUUUAGCACAAGUUAAUUCGCCUUCCCAACAUUUGGACGAAUACCCAUCUAGUGGAAGCAGCCAGCAAUUUCCUCAACCCAUACAUUCUGAUGAAGAGGGCGGGACACCAGGACGCCCUGGAGUGGACUAUCCGAUUUUGACCGUUAUUCCGCCAACGAAAUUCGACUGCAAAACCCAACGGUAUAAGGGCUUUUUCGCUGAUCCUGAAACACGAUGCCAGGUCUGGCAUUAUUGUGACCUCAAUGGCGGGCAAGCGUCGUUUUUGUGCCCCAAUGGAACGAUAUUCUCACAGGCUGGUCUCACAUGUGACUGGUGGUUUAAUGUCCGUUGUGCGUCUACAGCUCAGCUUUAUGUUCUGAAUGAAAGUCUUUAUAAAUUUAUCUUACCUCAUUCUCCUAAGUUUCCUGAAGAUUACAGCGGUCCUUUAGUGGAUAAAUACCUAACCUUAAAAUUCAAGGAGAUGGAAGAACAGUUUAAGAAAAAUAAAAAUAAAAACGCCGCCUCAGAGAAAAUAGAUAACGAAGACGAACCUGAUACUAUGGUUCAAGAAGAAACGAGUACAGAAAACAAGAGUGAAAUUGAAGGAAGAGCAAUAGGUAAUGGCGGGGUUAUUAUACAAUCUGCUGGGUCCAGCGGUAACGUGGAAAGGUUACAAGAAAAAUAA